GUUCUUGCCCAUACAGGUGUGCAUAACUCAGGAAUGCCAGACAAACCUGAGUCACCGAUCGCCCCCCCCCCCCUCUCCCCGCUCCUUCUGUGCGUACAUAGACACACCUGAGCUAAAAUAAAACUGUCUCUUCCGACUUCACUUGCCUGAAGUGCUAUUUGGACUGCUGCUACGUACCUCCUCCAUAUGCCCCUGGUGAAAGAGACACACAGCCAGAGGGAGCUCUAAAAACCAGCACUAAAAAGAGAAAAAAAGGUGGAAGUCAACAUUUGAUCAAGGGAAGCGGGAGCCCUGCAGAGGUAUGUCACGUUCAUGCUCUUCUUUCUGCUGGAGGAUUUCAACUUGGCAUCUGGAAUAAAACAGGAGCUGGGUGGUGGCAGGGGGAGUCAGGACAAACCAACAGUGCUUUUGGAAAUGGCAAUGAAGCAGUGAAGUUCACCACACACACACACAACCCUUGCCUCCGGAGGAAUUUCUUGGCUUGGUGUGUGGGUGACUGUAAUUUGGAUUGUUGCACAGGAUUUCAACUUUGAAUCGGACCCAGCACUAAUGAGGAAGAAAAAAAUGGACAAGCUACUCCAAAGGACAUUGCCUGGGUUGCUUCUGAUAGCACUGCUGUAUAGCGUGAGCCAAGGAAACAGAAUUAAUCGAUGUGUGGCUUCUGGGGCAAAAAGCUGCACCGAGUGUAUCCGAAUGAGCAAGGAUUGCUCUUUUUGCUCUGACGUGAACUUCACAAGGCAGCGCUGUGAUUUCAAAGUCAACCUAGAGAAAUACGGCUGCAGUGAGGCCAAUAUAGUAUUCAUGAAGGGAAAUGAGAUAAAAUUAAAGGAAAUUGCCAUUAAUAAAUUUCUGAAGAAAACACAAGUAUCGCUGCAGAAUGUAACAAUCAGUCUGAGAGCUGGUGACGAAGAAAGCUUUGACAUUGAUGUGUUUGAGCCCCUUCAGUCUCCUGUGGACCUCUACAUUCUCAUGGACUUUUCCUAUUCCAUGUCUGAUGACUUGAACAACCUGAAAAAAAUGGGCCAGGACCUGGCAAACUUCUUGAGAGAGUUGACUGACGAUUAUACUAUUGGCUUUGGCAAGUUUGUGGAUAAAGUUUCAGCCCCACAGACAGACAUGAGGCGUGAAAAACUGCGUGAGCCCUGGUUUGGUGCUGACCCGCCAUUCUCCUUUAAGAAUGUCAUCCGCCUCACCCACGAUAUCAAAAAUUUCAGCCAAGAGUUAAAGAUGGAGCGCAUAUCAGGAAACUUGGAUGCCCCGGAAGGUGGAUUUGAUGCCAUAUUGCAAACAGCCGUUUGCAAUGACAGUAUCGGCUGGCGGAACGACAGCACUCACCUUCUGGUGUUCUCCACUGAGUCUGCCUUCCAUUAUGAAGCUGACGGCACCAAUGUCCUGUCUGGAAUCAUGAAGAGGAAUGAUGAAAAGUGCCACCUGAACAGAGCAGGCACUUAUACCUUUGACACCAAGCAGGAUUACCCCUCUGUGCCUACCCUGGUGCGCCUGCUGGGGCAGAGGAACAUCAUCCCCAUAUUUGCUGUUACCAACCACUCUUACAGCUACUAUGAGAAACUGCGCACUUAUUUCCCAAUCUCUGAAAUUGGGAGGCUGCAAGAAGAUUCCUCUAAUAUUGUGGAAUUGCUGAGUACGGCUUUUGAGCGUAUUCGUUCCAAGCUGGACAUUAAAGCUUACAACGUCCCAAAAGCCAUGAAAACAGAAAUAAACUCCAUGAAGUAUACUACUACAGAGACUGGUUCAUUCAACAUUGUUCGUGGUGAAGUGGGCACAUUUAAUGUGCGAGUGAAAGCUAAGGAAGAGUUGGGUGGAAAGCAUGUCUGCGAUCUCCCAGAGAAAGACCGGAAAGGUGCUAUCCACAUUAAGCCCUCCUCUUUCAGUGACAAAGUGGAGGUUGCAGCCUCAGUCAUUUGCGAUGCCUGCCCCUGUGAACAGCAACAAGAAGUUGCAUCAGAUAGGUGCACUCGCCAUGGGAGCUUUGUCUGUGGACAGUGUGUUUGUGAUCCAGGCUGGCGGGGAGAUGCGUGUGACUGCUCUUCAACUCUCUUUGUGGACGAUGCAGUCUGCAUACGGCCAGGAGAUACAGAACCUUGCUCAGGCCGAGGCGAAUGCCUGUGUGGGAAAUGUCAGUGCUAUUCUGAGGAUCUGACCGAGCGCUUUGAGGGCCCGUUUUGUGAAUUUGACAACUUGCAGUGUCCUCGCACUUCUGGAUUCCUCUGCAAUGACCGGGGCCGCUGCUACAGGGGCGAGUGUGUAUGUGAAGAAGGUUGGAAAGAUCCUGGGUGUACGUGCCCCACAAGCAAUGUAACCUGUGUUACCAGUAAUGGGAUGCUUUGUAAUGGACGCGGGACAUGUGAAUGUGGCAAGUGCAACUGUGGAAACUCCACCCUCUACACUGGACCCACCUGUGAAAUCAGCGAAGCCUUGGGUGUUCGACAUGUGUGUGGGGAAGAUUUCCGAAGCUGUGUUCAGUGCCAGGCUUGGGGGUCUGGUGAGAAGAAGGGGAAGAAAUGCUCAGACUGCCCUUUUAGGAUCCGACUGGUAGAUGAACUGAAUCAAGAGGAAGACAUAAAUACGAUUUGUUCCUUCCAAGAUGAGGAAGAUGACUGUGUUUACCGCUACACUAGGGAAGAGGAUCCCAACAAACAGCAUAAUGGCACCAUUGUUGUACAAAGGAAGAAAGAGUGCCCACCAGGAAGCUUCCUUUGGCUUAUCCCCUUACUGAUUUUAUUGAUGCUUCUCCUGGGGUUGUUGCUGCUGCUGUGCUGGAAGUUCUGUGCUUGUUGCAAGGCUUGCCUGGCUCUGCUGCCCUGUUGUGCACGAGGUCGCACUGUUGGUUUUAAGGAGGACCACUAUCUGCUCAGGCAAAGUCUCAUGACCUCGGACCACCUGGACACUCCCAUGGUGCGCAGCGGCAACUUGAAAGGCAGAGACGUCGUCCACUGGAAGAUCAAAAACAACGUGCACAAGCAAGACGUCUCUUCCUUCACUCACAAUCCCAAUGACUUGAUUCCAUAUGGAUUGUCACUUAGAUUGACCCGACUCUUCACUCAGAACCUGGCAAAACCAGAGAACCGUGAGCAUGAGCAACUGCAAAAGGACGUGGAGGAAAAUCUGAAUGAGAUUUACAGAACUGUCCCAGGUGCCCACAAAUUCCAGCAGACAAAAUUCAGGUUACAGCCAAAUGCUGGGGAAAGACCGAACCACACCAUUGUGGACACAGUGUUCCCUGCUCUCCGCUCAGCUAAGAAUGAGAUUGUGAAAGUCACAGAGAAGCAUGUGUCCCAAGAGGCUUUCAGUGAUCUGAAAGUGUCGCCUGGCUACUACACUGUAAUCUCUGACCAAGAUGCCCAAGGCAUGGUAGAGUUUCAAGAAGGAGUGGAGCUGGUGGAUGUCCGGGUUCCCCUCUUCAUCAGGGAAGAGGAUGACGAUGAAAAGCAGCUGCAGGUGGAGGCCAUGGAUGUUCCUGUGGGAACUGCGGUGCUCAAACGCAGGCUGGUCAACAUCACCAUAAUAAAAGAGCAAGCCAACAGCAUCAUUAGGUUCCUGCAGCCAGUGUAUUCGUUCAGCCGCUUUGACCAGCUGGCUAAGAUCCCUGUUGCUCGUGAGAUACUGGAUAAUGGAAAGUCCCAGAUAACAUACAGGACCCGAGACGUCACUGCCCAGGGAGGCAAAGAUUACAUUCCCACGGAGGGUGAUUUGACCUUCCUUCCUGGGGAGAAGCAGAAGGAGGUGCAGGUGAAACUGCUGGAGCUGACGGAGAUAGAUGCCCUCCUUCACAACCAGCAGCUGAAGCAGUUUGCAGUGGAUCUCAUCAACCCCAAGUUCGGGGCGAAGGUCGGCAAAUACUCCCAAACCAUGGUGACGAUUGCUGAUCCAGAAGCUGUGGAUGGUACACAAUCAGCAACAGGCUUAGGUCAGGCUCCCAGAACCAUACUUGGAGCUCCCCUUAAUCCAAACGCACAGGCAUUAAGCUCUCGGAAGAUCCGCUUCAACUGGUUGCCACCUCCUGGCAAACCUGCAGGAUAUAAGGUGAAGUACUGGAUCCAAGGGGACCCUGAAUCAGAGGCUCACCUGCUCGAUUCCAAAGUGCCGUCAGCGGAGUUGACCAACCUGUACCCCUACUGUGACUAUGAGAUGCAGUCCUGUGCCUACAAUGCUAUGGGCGAAGGGCUAUACUCUGAAGUGGUUCAGUGUCGCACACUUGAGGAAGUUCCUAGUGAGCCUGGCCGUUUGGCUUUCAACGUAGUCUCCUCCACUGUCACACAGCUGAGCUGGGCUGAGCCUGCCGAGACUAAUGGGAUGAUCACAGCCUAUGAAGUUGGCUAUGGGCUUGUCAAUGAGGGAAACAGACCCAUUGGGCCGGUAAAGAAAGUCAUGGUGGAAGGCGCCAAGAAGCGGAUGGUUCUGAUCGAAAACUUGCGGGAAUCGCAGCCCUAUCGCUACACAGUAAAAGCCAAGAAUGGAGCUGGAUGGGGACCUGAAAGAGAAGCUACUAUCAACUUGGCCACACAACCCAAACGCCCUAUGUCCAUUCCCAUCAUCCCUGAUGUGCCAAUCAUUGAUGCUGAAGGAAGAGAGGAUUAUGACAGCUACCUAAUGUACAGCACGGAAGUACUGCGUUCUCCAGCUGGUAGCAAACACCCCAGCGUCUCGGAUGAUUCUGAACAAAUGAUGAAUGGCCGAAUGGACUUCACCUUCGCUGGCAGUGGUGGAAGCCUGACCCGGAAUGCAUCUUACGGCAACAACUACCUAAGUCCACAUGUAUACCAUGAGAGAAGGGUAAUCGGAAACUCAUCUCUGACGAGGGAUUUUACUACAGUGGUGUCUGGACAUGACCAGUCCAAGAGUAUAUUCCCUCCUGUACAUGAAGAUGCUGAGAGGAUGGCCCUGAUGCCACAGGAUGUGGCCAGGAGGGCAAAAGUGAAGGGUUACUAUGGCAACAGGGAUUCUAUAGUCAUGACUGAUGGGCCCUCUUGGAUUUUCAAAUACCUAGGCAUGUCAGGGCAAGGUUCACAGUCCACGGUGCAUUAUGCCCUCCCGCAGAAGGCCAGGGGCCGCACUCACUCCGAAGAUGUCCAUGAAGCACUGCACAGCCUGGACACAGUGCUUCAGGAUUCCAGGAUGCAGCUGGGUGUCCCCGAGACUCCUACCCGCUUAGUCUUCUCUGCCCUGGGGCCUACCUCACUGAAGGUCAGCUGGCAGGAACCGCACUGUGACAAAGAAGUGCAAGGAUACAGCGUGCAGUACCAGCUCCUCAACGGAGGAGACAUUCAGAGGCUUACUAUUCCCAACCCUACUCAGAACUCGGUGGUGGUGGAUGACCUGCUGCCAAAUUACUCCUAUGUCUUCAAAGUGAAGGCCCAAAGUGACGAAGGUUGGGGUCCAGAGAGAGAAGGCGUGAUAACCAUUGAGUCACAAGUGGAUCCACACAGCCCUCUGAGUCCUCUUCCAGGUUCACCAUUUACCUUGAGCACACCCAGUGCGCCAGGGCCCCUGGUGUUCACAGCCCUGAGUCCAGAUUCCCUUCAGUUGAGCUGGGAGAGACCCCGCCAACCCAAUGGCUUAAUUCUGGGCUACAUGGUCACCUGUGAAACAUUGCAUGGUGGAGGAGAACCCAGGAAUAUCUAUGUGGAGGGCGACAGCCCAGAGACCAGCCUGACAGUGCCCUACCUGAGUGAAAAUGUUCCAUAUAAGUUCAAAGUGCAAGCAAAGACCACUCAAGGCUUCGGGCCUGAAAGAGAAGGCAUUAUUACCAUUGAAUCUCAAGAUGCAGGUUCAUUCUCUCAAUUUGGAACCCAGCAAUUCACUAGGGAGGAGGUGUUCAGUCUCCCCAGGGAAUACAACACCCUAACCAGCACCACUCACUCCCCACUGGAUCCUUUAUACGCAGAUGGCAUGUUGAUGACCACUCAGCGAGUGGAGAGUGGCAGCACCCUCACCCAGCAGGUCACCAAAGAAUUUGUCACCAGAACCAUGAUGUCUAACAGCAGUGGGACAUUCUCCAGACAGACAGAGAGGCAACUCUAUGAAGCUUGAGUCAGGAAGGAAGCUGCCAAAGGGACACUUGGAUUCCAAGUAGGCCUGCUCUGUGGUCAACUUCCAGAAUGAGGUGGAUGGUGCCCACUGCACUGCAUCAGCACUAAAAGCACAGGACAUUGCUUUCGAAAUACCACUGGGCGGAGGCUGCAUGCAACCCAUGUGGUACCCUAGAACAUUAUGGAAAGAGUUUUUAGCAAGAUGCUUGGCUAUGGAGCGCUCUUGGCUAGUUCUGUUUUGAGUCGAGCUCCUGGCCAUUUCAUGCUUUGCUUGGCUGCUUUGACUACACUGGACUGAGUUUGUUUUGAAAUCCCCAUCUCUCACCAUACCUUAUUGGUUGUGCUGUUUGUUUUAUCUUGAUCUGUUCCCAAGUCUCCAGAGCUGUCCCCCUCUUCACCAACAUUGUUAAUACUACCAACACAUUAUUGCCAUGCUCUAGGGGAGAAAAAGGGCUUCGUACUGAUUUGUGUACGUGUAUCCCCUCCAACCCAGGGAAUGGAAUGUUAUCCAGAUUCUCUUACUACAUUUAUGUGUAAAUUCCCCAGCUGCUAAAGUGUGAUACUGCAGUAACUGAUUAGUACAUUAAUUUGCAUAGCACCCACCACCCACAAUGCUUUUUGGGUCACGGUUGCUUAAAAAUAUUGUAGUUUGCCGUAUGUAUGUAUAUAUGUAUGGGGGCUUUUUUAAAAAAGCAAAGAAUCUCUUACCUUUGUAAAACUCCAGAUGCAACAAGGAGUCAAAAUUUCAACACUAAUCCCCAACUACCUUCCACAGAACCAAGCAUUUGGCAUGGCACUUAUAAUCAGUGAAUGUCCUUGCCGGAAGAAGCCUUUAAAAUGAAGUUAUAUUUCAUUUUAACCAAUGAGUUCAACUGCUCUCUGACGAGGUUUUCAUUGUGCAAUCGGCCUGCCUCAUUUGUGGAAUUUUACAGUCUGUGUCCAGAUGUUACCAUCUUUGAUUUAUAAAUCCCCCAUAUUUUCUGACUGCUUUUUCCAUCUUUUUUCCUUGCCAAAGAAAAUCCGUUGGGGAGGGAAAGACAGAAUAGCUUUGCAGUGUCUUUUGACAGGUAGGGCUAGGAGCUGCCAUUCUGGAAGCAUCCUUAAACCAAAAUCAAUACUGGGACUUGCUGCUGCUGAAUUCUACCCAUUGCCCUCCUUCCCCUCUUCCAUGUUGGCAGGGGUGGCCAAGCAGCAUCGCAGGUUCAUUUAUUUCAUUGGUCCUGAUUGGCAUAAGACAUUAGACCCCCCCCAAGCAUAUUUGCCUUCCCUUCUGGGCUCUUUACCACUUUAAUUUAAGCAUAUGUGCACUGUUAUCUUAAUACAACCAUUGCGUACUUUUGCACAGGCACUAUUCACAGAGUCCUACAUUCACAAGUUGUAGUAUCAGAGGCAGUAAGCCUGUAUACACCAGUUGUGGGGGAACAUGGAUGGGAGGCUGCUGUUGCACUGUGUCCUGCUUGUGGAUCCCUGGUCAACUGGGCCACUGUGUAAGCAGAGUGUUGGGCUAGAUGGUCCCUUGGCCUUAUCCAGCAAAGCUCUUCUUAGGUUUUUAUAUAUAGUAUCCACAACGCCCUGUGAUGAUUAAGUUUAUUCUACCACUUUUUCUGAUGUCUGUAUAGACUCAGCCUGAGGUGUAGACUUGGUUCAAAUUACCUGAGGAGAUAUCAUUGGAGAGCCAGUGUGGUGUAGUGGCUAAGGUGUUGGACUGAGAGUCGGGAGAUCCAGGUUCUAGUCCCCACUCGGCCAUGGAAACCCACUGGGUGACUUUGGGCCAGUCAUAGACUCUCAGCCCAACCUACCUCACAAGGUUGUUGUUGUGAGGAUAACAUGGAGAGGAGGAGGAUUAUGUACGCUGCCUUAGAGGAAAAAAUGUGAGAUAUGAAUGUAAUAAAUAAAUAAAUUAGGGGAUGGCUAUUAAGAGAUCAGAAAAGGGUAUCAGGUGAAACUGAAGGCAGAAUCAAAGUAGGAACUGAAUACAACUGAAUUCAAUAGUAAGACAGAAAUCGUCAGAUCACACUCCUGGCCUUCACACAACUGCUCAGUUCUCAGAAUGUAACAAUUGUUUUACCUUCCUCAGAACAGGGGCUGGAUAUAGUCUUUUGCUUAUUUGCAGUUCUUUUUUAAUUUAUUUAUAUGUGUGCAAAUUGAACAAAGAAGCCAGAUGGCACAAUCUCCCAAACAGUCUUUUGAACCAAGACUUUCCUUUGCUAAAAGGCAAUAGACAUCUAGAGAGAAGGCCCUCCAUGGAACCCUGUUCAAAUUGUGUGUGUUUGCUGGGUUUCCUAUUUUGCAUUAUUGUUCCCAUAUAACCAUGGUUUUCAAAUCAUGUUCUAAAGAACUCUGUGGUUAUCAGGGAUUCCUCAGUGAGAAGGUCAGUAAUGUAGACAAUAAGUUGCCCACCUGCACCAAUCUUCACACAAGGUGAUGCCAAGGCCCAACUGGACUUAUCAGUGCCCCGCAUGAACUGAGCGUGCAUCCUACAUGUCCCAGAAUCCUCUGCAACACACACUGGUACUGUGGCGGCAGCACAUGCAGUUUCCUAAACAGACAAAUCCAUGUGGAAAAGUUCUCUGAAAGUGGAAAAUUUGAAAACCAAUGUCAUUACAAAUAUCAGCUAAGACAAUUCAGUCCAUGUUGCUAUUGCUUUUUCUUUUGAGCAACCUUACCCCUGGGUACCUCAGAUGACUGCGUGUCCCACCAACAGAACCAACUAUAUUUUGACUUAGUUAAAACUGGAGGAAGCUCAAAGAGUUGUGGCACAGAACUGUAGCAAAUUUUUAGAUUCCCAGGUGGUUGGAUGUCUUCAAUUUUUAUCUCUGAUGUACCAAGUUGGGCCCCUUGGAAUCUCAUUUUGGAUUUUACUACUGACACUUUCUUCACACCAACAAAACUUCCCAGUUCCAUCUUUCCAUGGGGAAUGAUUUCUUUGUGGGACAUAGAGAACUUGGCUAAUCAAUUGAGUUAUUCCAAGGCUCCUUUGUUUGCAAACCCUGAACAUAACAGAAAAGGCUAUGUAAUGUCUCUUUAGAACUUACAUUGUGAAGUCACUUCCCCCUGGUCUCAACCCCUUGCUGCAUAUUAGAGCUUUUUACCCAAGGAGCACUAAAAGGCCUUAAUAUUAACCAAAGAGCCAAUUUAAGCUGUCUAGCGGGCCAGAUUCCAGCAGCCUAGCAGUUCUAAUACGAAUUUUAAAAGAGAUUGUAUGUUUUCACUCAUGUAAUGGGAGAAACACAAUAGAAUGUAAAUUACUUUUUUUGUAGCCUAUUUUGGCUUGCAGAGGUUGGUGGCAUUUUAAUAUAUAUGCAGUGUGAAUAAUGGAACAGUCUGACAGCUGGUGUUCUGGAACAGAUGGUUUUCUAUUGCACUUAAUAAACAUUUUCUCUAU